AUGGCGUCGACGCACGACAGCGCCGCCACGAUCGUAGCACUGUGGUUCGUGAAGACAGUCGUGACGGUUGUGUUUCGGCUGGCAUUUCAUCCACUCGCGAAUUUUCCUGGCCCGAAGAUAGCUGCCGUCACAAGCCUCUAUGAGUUCUAUUACGAUGUCGUCCGGCCUGGCCAGUACACCUGGGUCAUCAAGAAGAUGCACGAGCGACAUGGUCCCAUUGUCCGGAUUUCACCUCGGGAACUCCACAUCGAUGACUACAACUACUACGACGAACUCUAUAGCGGGAAGAAGGACAAAUGGGACUGGGCCGUCAACAUGUUUGGCAGAAAGCCAGGUACCUUUCGGACUGUGAAGCAUGUCGAGCAUCGUGCCAGACGGGCGGCCCUCAAUCCUUUUUUCUCGAAACGUGCGGCUGUGCAGCUCUCACCGAUGAUCACCGGGCACGUCGAGAACAUGUGCCGGCGCAUGGAACAUUCCCGCGAUAGCGGUCAGCCACUCUGCGUGCCGUACAUGACAGCUGCUUUGACACUCGAUGUGAUCACUGAGUAUGCAUUCGGCAGAUCCGAUGCCGUUCUCGACGAACCUGAUUUCGCACCGCAGUGGUUACAGAUUAUGGAAGGCCUUCUACUCAAUUGCCACCUCAACUGCUUUUUUCCAUGGCUGCAGGAUCUCAUGAGUAUCUUGCCAAGGAGGCUUGCACAGUGGCUCGAUCCCAGAGUGGUAUCAUUCAUUAGAUAUCAGGGUGACCGGCUGAGCCAGCUAGAGGCCAUCUUCCACGCUCAAAACACCAAGAGCGCAACAUCAGCUCCAACACACGGCGCGACCAUAUUUCACCAUCUGCUUGAAAGUCCAGAUGUGGCACCUGCUGAUCGCAACAUGGAAUUUUUCCUUUCAGAAACUAUGAGCAUCGUGGGCGCCGGCCAGGCGACCACCGCGAGCCACAUAUCGAUAACGCUCUUCUACGUUCUAAGUGACCACCGCAUUUAUUCAUUGCUCAAGGCAGAACUGAAGAAAGCUAUCCCGAACCCGGCGAUUCUACCAUCACUGGCUGAACUCGAAGAGCUGGAGUACCUUACAGCAGUCGUGGCAGAAGGCCACAGAAUGUCUCACGGCGCGAUACAUCGUCACCAGCGCAUCUCGCCGCACGCAUCCACUCUCUACAAAGACUGGGUCAUUCCGCCCGGCACACCCAUAGGGAUGAGUGCCCUCUUCAUGCACGAAAACGAAGAUCUUUUUCCGUUGCCAAAGGUGUUUGACCCUUCUCGAUUUCUUGGACCAGAAGGCCAGAGGCUCAGGAAGUAUCUCGUCCACUAUAGCAGAGGUCCCAGGAAUUGCGUAGGGCAAAACCUGGCGCAAGCGGAGAUCUACUUGGCGCUUGCUGCUAUGGCCAGGCGGUUCGAUUUUGAGAUCUUCGAGACAAUGAUGAAGGACAUGGAGAUCACAAGGGACUGCCAGCAACCCUUCCCGAAGAAGGGCGCGAAGAGAUUCAGAGUGCUGGUUAAGUGA